AUGUCUACCACCGCGUCGAUCACAAUCUUGACAGGGACACCCACAAAUACACCGGCUACGCCUACGACCUUCAACACUUUAGUCACCUCACUAACGGCCACUCUAGGACCCACAUCAACUCAAAGUGGGCCUCCUUCUGGUGUCCCCACAAACCCAAACUCUCAGCAACAACGCAACACUUCUACUACACAGAACUAUCUGUUCUUCAUUGCCCUCGCUCUUGGAAUUGUCUUUGUCAAUCUCUGGAUCAUUCUGGGCAUCCGGUUCCUAUAUCGACGACGCCAGCGACAACGAGCUGUGUCGGAUCCUGAGAACCAAUCUCCCGAUCCCAUGAUUCCCAUGAUUGCCCGCGGUAUGGUGAUGACAGGAGGCCAUCCCAGAGCCAGGCAGCGAAGGAAGCGACAAAAGAAGGUGGUGUCGCUGGCAUUCAUGGACGACAACUUCCCUAUGACACGCUACGCCGACUGGAAAAACGGUACAUACACCAACGAAAAGAGCGUGGACGAAAAGGUACUGGAGAAAGAAGUCGCAGAAAGAAACAUGACAGAAAAGGAAAUGGAGGCUUUCAGCGAUGACGCUAUUGAAGACUCCGCAAACCACACUACCAUCGUCGUGGAGGAGGAUAUCGGUAAUGUGGGAUUUUUGUCGUUAUCUAACUCUGCAGGUGCAUCUGCGUUAUCGCUCACGGAAACAAACUCUAGAACCGACAGAGUGGAGCCACCUUCAGAUCCCGAUACGUGUGCGAUUUGCAUCGAGCAGCUAGAGGACUGUGAUGAGAUCCGUGUUCUUAAGUGCAACCACGUGUUUCACUUCUCUUGCAUCACUCCCUGGAUGACUAAUCGAAAUGCGUCUUGUCCGCUGUGCAAGACACAAUAUUACAUUCCCCCACCCCCUCCCAUGCCUGACUGGCUGGCUAGCAAUGGGCAGGUCCCCACACCAACUGUAGAUACUAGGGUCACUAGUACAGCUACAGCCACCACCACGACGACCUCAGGGUCAGAUGAUAGCCCCUCAUUGUCCUCGCAGACGCAGAUACCUCUUGCAGAACUGCCGCCUGCAGCAACCUCUCGACUGUCGCGUUUCAAGAGGGUCAUGAGGCUGACGUGA